UCAGGAAGCGAGUCACAUGGCUUCUGAGUAAGCAGAAUUGUGAAUCCAAUAUGGCGGGUAUUCACUGAACACGCAUGAUUACGAAACAAGCGAAUUUUGGUCUAGUUUGAGGGUAUCACAAGUAUUUCAAAGCUGGAGUCGAUAACUUUCCCCCUUGCUGCUAUGGAUGAAUCAGAAUAUGAAAGCCUUCCAACAGAAAGAGUGACCGUUCAUCUUGCUGCGGGCGCGCUGGCAGGCGUAAUGGAGCACUGUGUGAUGUACCCUGUUGACUGCGUGAAGGUACGAUCAAACGGAAUUUAUGAACUUGUGGUCCUUAAUUAACGCAACUGUUACAUAAUCAUAGCCUAACAGAGGUUUUGCUUGUGAAUCGAACUCGUCCAUCUUCUCGUUUGUGUUUCCUUUAGUAAGCUCUUCCUUGCGCGUGUCACGUAUUCUGUGAUGUGGUUGUUGUCUUUAGUGUGUAAGCCGUUUUGUGAGUUUUUACCUCCAGUUUGUACUCUUAUCGUCGAAUUAGAGUGUUCAAAUUCUUGCACGCUUUGUUCAAUCCACCUAGUUUGCUUCUAAUAGGACUACAAUGUCUGUGUAUUGUCAGGUAAACUACAGUGUAUAUGUAGGUAUCCUCUUGGCUCUUAUCCACUGAUCAGUUAAGCUUCUAAACUCACGAUAUUUGUUUUGUAGGCAUAUCAGUGAAAAAUAAAAUGUAACCAACGCUAAGAAAGACAGAAUUUUUUUUUCUACAUUAACAGAGCAUCUUCGCUUAGAUCUAUGAACAAAUACAGAUUAUGCUUAAUCGAAUACAGUUUCUUAGAAACUUGAGUUAGUAGGGAGUAGUAUAAUAAUAUUGCAUCAUCGACAUGCCCGGGUUCAUAUUUCGCUGUGUUACAAGUGCUUAAUACAAUAUAUAUUCUUUUCAAUUUGCAUUGACCGUGACACUGCAGUAUUAUGGUCUUAUUUUCAUUGUUUUAUCUUAAAUAUCAAUGAAUAAUUUGUUUGUUGUUUGUUGUGACCGUGCAGUUGAGCUGAGUUAUUUAUAGAUACCAUGUAUCAUCUGGGUUGUUUACACCAACAUUUUUUGUUAAGGCAGUACACCUGUUUUAUCUCUUAACUUACGACAAAUUCCAUCUCUUCUCUUGAGAAACAAAUUUCUGGCCUUUUUUUUCGUUUGUAUGUUGAUAUUUCGCCGGUAAAUUUUGUCAGAUUUUUAAAUGUUAAGUCUUAAAUGAUUUUCAUUAGAUAUCUCCAAAGUCAUGGCCAAAGUACCAAAGCCUAUCUACCUAUGUUUCUUGAAUAUUUUUAACCUAGACUGGCAGUGCUUAUUUGAAGCUGGUCACUAAUUUCAGCUUUAGUGUAUUUACUUUACCAUUUUGUGUCACCAUCCCUGUUAGAGGAUGCAAACUGCAUUGUGUGUUGAACCAGGAUUAGAUCUUAACAUGUGACACAGUUCGUAAGAGUAUGGUAACAACUUCCCCUGACACUUAAUAACAUACCGUAUUUUAUCAGCUAUAAGCCGAGCCCGGCUAUAAGCCGAGACCCUAAACUUUUAACUCUUAAACUUAAUACGAUUGUCUUCAAACAUAAACACAAAACAUUCAGCUAUAAGCUGAGACCCAGUUCUUAAAAUGUAUAAGAGCUCAUGAAAAAUUUUAAUCACAUUUAGCUUUUAAAAUCUGUUAAAAUGAAAUGAAAGAAUGGGUUAAGUAUGCAACGGCACGGGCAAUUCGCUUGAAAAGCAAGGUGUCAUGAAUAUUUAACGAAAGCUAGGCUUACCUCUCGGGAAACAACUGUGUCAAUAUUGUUACCUAUUCAAUACAAUGGCUAAGAAUAACAACAAAUCACAGUUAAGCUGAAUUUAAUGUGAUCCGAUCAAAUGAAUAAAAUUGAAUUCACGGCUUGAUCAUAUGAACAUUCCGAGUUCAGAGACCUGUCUUUAACAAUCCUGUGUCGAUAGUCGUUCAUUGUCAAUCCGUUAUCAUGCCAAAAGCCCGUCGUACAUCAUACAAUCUAGCGUUCAAACUUAAAAUAGUCGCCGAAGCAGAAGCCGUCGAGAACAACUCUGAGAUCGCGAGGGAAUACGGCAUCAGUGAGUCAAUGGUUCGUCGCUGGAGAACAGACCAAGAAAACCUCUUCAACGGCGAAAUAAAACUGUCCGCAACACGUAAAACGAUGGGCUGUUUUACACCAAAGUAUCCCGAGAUGGAUCAAAGACUGCUGGAAUGGUUUUCCGAGCAGAGAAGGCAAGGUGAGAAUCAUGUGACAAGUUUGUUUACACAUCCUCGGGAAUAGAACAUUCUCAUUGGUCAGUUUUUGAUAGUUGUCAAAACAUUAGUAUCAUUGCUUAUCUGUUCUAUCUUUCCUUCGUUUUAGGAAUUGCUGUCGGUGGACUGAUGUUGCGUUUGAAGGCGAAAGAAUUUUUUUCCAAUCUCCAAUGCGCUUGACGGCACUGAGGAUGACGCCAUCUAUGAGGAGGAGCAAGACAAUGACGCCAAAGAAGAUGAAAUGGAUGAAGAAUUUGAUAGGGAAAGCGAAGAUAAGCCAUAAGCUGAUAUCCUCGAACGUGCAGUUCACAACAGAAAACAAACGGCUCCUUUAGGAGCCACCACAUAUUAAAAGUUAAUGACCAGUAACUCUUGCUUUUUUGUCCAUGUGUUUUGCUCGGCUUGUAUGCGAAUAUAUGCGUAUUUAUCUUAGUUUUAUUAAGUCCAUAAUUUUUGUUCAAGUUAAACUCUCGGCUAUAAGCCGAAACCCCCUCUACAAGUCAGAUUUUAAUUCAAGUUAGCUAAACAUGUGUAAAAAUUGCUUGGCUUAUAGCUGAUAAAAUACGGUAGUCAUCCUGACACUAGUAAUAUAACAGAAUCUGGCUGUAAUUUUAUGGGUGUUUUGUUUAAGCCAUGACAAUAUGAAAAGCUUUUGACACUAGUCUUGUAUCAACGUUGUUAAUUUGUUUUCUUUGUAAUGGAUGGUGUUCAACCUUGCACUUUAUGGUUUCCCAGUUUUUAAUAUGUAACUAGCAGUAACCAAUGGCUAGGAAGUGCGGGCGAACAUGUACGUAUACCUUAAAGGUACGAUUGAUGUUGAGAACCGCUGUCAUAAUAGACCAUAUUUGUCUUCCCCAAUGGGCCUGGGACGAGUAGGCCCUUGAGCUUGAAUGCGAUGCUAAUGCAGGGAACCUCCUUCCAAGAGGCUCCUGGCGAGAAGUUCCCCACAUUAGACUUGCACUCUUGGCGAGAAGUUUCCCACGUUAGCCUUGCAUUAAUGCCCAAGGGCCUACUCAUAUGCAUCCCAGGACUAUCGAGGAUAAUAUUGUGUACUGUUUACGUAAAUAAGAAAGUCCCUAUUAAUAGUUCCAGUAGCAAACAGAAGGAAUCAUGGCAGAUCAUGAAUAUGGAAACCGAUAACAACACAGUAAACAAGACUGUUGUUGAAUUCAACUGCUUUAAUCAUAGUUACAUAGAUACAGAUAGCCUUGCGAACGAUUAGGAACGACUGAGGAGAGACAGCUAGCUGUAUUCCCACGCAAAGAUAAUGCCUGACAACGCUCAUGUGAAAUUAACACUCAUAACAGCACAAACUCAAGGCAUGAACUCUUAUUAUUCAUCAAUCAGUGUUUGGUGACCAAAAUUAUUGAGAUGCAACAGUGAAUCAUGAGAAAGAAUAGGUCUGCAGGCUUGCUUCUGGCUCACCUGUAAAUAUUAAUUAUUUUGUUGUUUUACUUCAUAGACAAGAAUGCAGAGUUUGCGUCCUCAUCCAAAUGCAAUAUACAGAAAUAUGCAUCAUGCAUUCAAAAGUAUGGUAACAAGAGAAGGUCUUUUAACUCCUUUCAGAGGAAUUAAUGUGGUAGCACUAGGAGCAGGACCAGCACAUGCAUUGUACUUUAGCACAUAUGAGGCAACUAAGAAGUUUAUUAAUGGCAAUCAAACAACGUAUAACCCACUUUCACAUGGUAGGUGCUCUGUUUAAAUCUUCUUGGAUAUACAUGUCUAUUAGUUAAUAGAUUUAGGAUGGUACUUCUCGUGGAAAAUGAUUGGAAAGUAAUUUUUAGCACACCAAGAUGACUGUAGCGUCUUUGACCCAAAUUCAACCAUAGCUCUAAAAAUUUUAAAACUUAUACAACCGGCUUACUGUCAUCAUUUUUUAAGGGUUAGUGGUCCACAAGAUUGUGAAGAAAAUGGGGUAGAAAAGUCUUACAAAAUGGAACAAGUAUUUUCUGACGACAAUGUGAGGGUUAAGGACAAAACAAAAUUACAGUUCAUCCGCUUUGAUAAUCCAGAAAUGUCAAAAUAUUGUCUUAACUUAUCGUCAUUAUUAAAAUAUGACAACGACAAUUUUUUUUCUGGUCUUUUGUUUUCUGCUCUGAAACUUGCAUUUUUGAAAUCUUUUAUCUGUAAGCUACUUCUAUUAUUAUCUUGUGUUAUAAUAAUUUAUGUGUAUGUCAGGGGACAGUCCUUAAGCAGACAAAGAAGUAACAGAAAUUUUCUGACUGGUUUUAAUAUUACCCCCUGAUUGUUUUUGAACAGCACAGAAUAAAACAAUUCUUUUUUAACAGUAGAUCAAUCAGUAGUUUUUAGUUUCCCCGAAUUUUGAGGUAAUAACCUUACAUGCAGUUACAAUUUUUUUCUGAUUUUAUCACCAAUAUCGUCCUUGAUGAACAAAGAUAUUAGGGUCAUUUAUACGAGGAAAAAAUUAAUAAGACGCGUCUUACAUAAGACGCGUCUUAAAUAAGACGCGAACUUUCCGUAUAAACGGCACAUUUUGUCUAAAAUAAGACGCGGCUUAGCUAAGACGCGUCUUAUUAGAUAAGACAUGCUCGUAUAAAUGGUACAGUUCGCGUCUUAUUUAAGACGCGUCUUAUGUAAGACGCGUCUUGUUUUUCCUCGUAUAAAUGGCCCUAUUGUUCAUUCUGUCCAAGUCCUUAUCCCAAGAAAUUAUGUACACAUUAUCAGUCUAGGUUAGGCUUUUGUUGGCCUGCUGUGUAAAAAAUCACAAUGAAAAACACUUUUCAAAGCUGACGUUAUUAAUUUUAUGAUAAUUAUUGUUUUAUGCUAUGACAUGUGUGUUUGACUAACACCCUUAACAUGCAGGGCAAUUGGUGGCAUUCAGCUGGAAUUAGGUAUUGUUAAGUAGAACAGUCACGCUUUUAUUUUAUAGUUGCAGCUUACAAGAUCUCCUUUGAGGAGAAAUUCCUGUCAUGGUUUGAUUAGUUGAUAAGAUUUGAAGUGAAUCUUUCAGUACUUGUAAUCCACUUAUUAUUUAUGACAUAUUUAUGCUCAUGUUCUCUUUUCCAUCAAUAUAACUGUAGUUUUGCUCAUAAAGGAUCAAGUCAUACAGUGUAGGAUUUCUCUUUGAUGUGCCUCUUUAAUGUGGCCUGUUCCACAAUGACCAUUUUGGUGGCCUUUUUGCAAGUUUAAGUUUAAUUUAGUCUCUUCAGUAAUGGCUAAAUUCAGUAACAUCAACUCUCACUGUGAAGGUUAUUUAGAGUGAAAUUUCAUUCGACCUGCAAGUCACUGCAAUAAAAAGGUUAUUCAAAUUUAGGGCACAUGAAAAGGCAAGCAUUUAUAUUCUACCAUAAAGAAACUGAUAAAAAGUGUGAAGAAGGGAAGGAAAAGGAAAUCGAACUCAAGUUUUAUCUUUGAUUUGAUCCCAAUUUUAAACAAAUGAAGGUGAACUUGAAAAAGGUGGGGCACACUUUUUGAUGUUUACAACGUACCAUCCAUUUUAAUGUUCUCUAAUAUUACUCAUCCAUGUCUGUUUUUUAUUUUCAAUGUUUUUGAUAAUCCUAAUAGUGAUCAAAGUGAAGUUUUCUCUUGUUACUUUUUUCAAAUAAUCAUCAAUUUAUAUUGAAGUAUAGUUGCUUGUGUCACCCAACUGUUAGUUUUUGUUUUGGUAACUUGGCUCAGAGGGUUGACAAUUGUUGAGGAUCUCAAACAGACUGGUCCUAAGGCUGAUUCUAUUUUCCUUCUGUAGGUCUUGCCGGGGUAUGUGCAACAGUUUUCCAUGAUGGUGCUAUGAAUCCCAUAGAAGGUGUAUUGUCUCUUUAUUUUUUUCCAUUUAAAAACGACCAGGAGUGUAUUAUCAGGUUAAAAACCUCAAAGCAAAGGCGAGAGUUUUUCCACCUGAUAAUGUACAACUGCAAGUUUUUUGAACAGCUUCAAAAUCUCUGAUGUAGAUCAACUUACUUAUUCUUGUACUUAUACUUUAGGUUUGGUUUUAUUUUGGUCUAAAAAAGUAGACGUAAAGUUUAGCCUUGUCUUUAUCAGAUGUAAAGACACUCAUAUAAAACAUUAAUUUAUUUCUUUUGUUUUUUGUUCGUGAAUUAUUAAUGAUUUUUUGAAUAAUAAUAUCAUUUCAUGGGGCAUUUCCUCAUCAUAGAGGCAUACUAUGUGAACCUAGUACUUUUGUUAUUCUUUCUAGUUGGAUUAAGCCUUGUGCAAUUUUCAAGGACUUUAAAAGUUAUGAAUUUGUUUUAGAUGAUACAAUACAAUGUUAAAGUUUUGGAAUGUUAAAAGUUAUUGAGAAAAUUUAUUUGCUUUAUGAAGUUUACUGACUUAAUGGAAGGGAUCUAUAGCAUAAGUAUAGUAAUAAUUAGAAAAAAUUAUGGAAAUUCUGAGAGAAAGAUAAAUUUCCUCACCGAAAAGUUGAUUGUACUGACAUUGCUUCUUGUCUUCAUUUCAUGUUGCUCAACAAAUCAGUGGUCAAGCAGAGGAUGCAAGUUUAUGGAAGCCCUUAUCGUAGCGUGCUUCACUGUGUUAGGACUGUUGUACGAGAUGAAGGAGUAAGAGCCUUCUAUCGCAGUUACACAACACAGCUCUCCAUGAACAUUCCCUUCCAGACUUUACAUUUCACAGUGUAUGAGUUUACACGAGAGACUAUGAACCCAACUCGUAGAUACGAUCCAAAGACUCAUGUAGUUGCUGGUGCAACAGCUGGUGCUGUGGCUGCGGCACUGACAACACCAUUGGAUGUAGCAAAGACAUUACUGAAUACACAGGAAAGAGGAGCAGUUGCCAUAGUCGGCAAACCUGAAGGACAUGCUGUUUAUGUGAGUGGAAUGUUAACAGCAUUCCGCUCUAUAUACAGAUUACGUGGUUUCUCUGGUUAUUUCCAAGGACUUAGGGCCAGAGUUCUCUACCAGAUGCCAUCUUGUGCCAUUUGCUGGUCAGUUUAUGAAUUCUUCAAACAUUUCUUGCACUUUACAGAGACUGAAGCUGAGUAUGAACUGUCACCAGUAUGAACAGUUCCCACGGGAAGAAUUUCAAACUCUUGUGAAAUCAGUUGUAAGGUCAGUAAUACAAAUCCAGAUCAUCUGCCAUCACAGAGUACCUGGCAAUUGUGCUGAGUGUUACAAGUUGGUCUUUCAAGGAAUGUAGUAGUGGAUAACAUGUAGACAAAGAGUGAAUUCUCGGCUGCAGAGGUUUUGUCAGAAUUCAAGUCUUUUUAUGCAUUAGUCCCUGUAGAACAGAGACAUGAGGUUGUCAUUGCCCAUAUUCCAGUGAUGGCUGUUAUAAAUUAGAUGAAAAACCUAAUGGAGGAUGGUGAAAGACAAGAAAACCAGCUAUUGAGCUACAGUACUCUUCCUUGUGGUAAAACAACAUUGAAAUUUGAAGUUGGUUCAAAAAGGGUUUUGGCUGCAAAGAAUUCAUACCUGUUCCUAAUAUCCUGCUGUUGAUGUGUUGUAAUGAUGAAAUCAAAAGACUAAGAAAGUUAUUUUGACUGCAGUGGUUUGCUGCAAGUUCCUGAUUUCCUGUCCUUGAUGUGUUGUGUAUUGUUGUAAGUCAAGACUAAAAAAGGAAUUUCGGCUGCAGAGUCAUGCCAGUUCCUUAAUUUUCCUGUCGUUUAUGUGUUGUUACGUUUCAAGUCAAAAGAUUACAGAAGGAAUUUCGGCUGCAGACAUUUCAUGCCAGUUCCUGAUUUCUUAUUGUUGAUGUGGUGUAAUGUUUAACAUUUCUAGCUGUAUGUCAUUGAUGUCAAACUGUAAUAGAUUUUAAUGCCAUUUUUUUUAGGCAGUAACUAUGCCUGCAUUUUGAGAGAAAUAACAUUUCGUUACGUAAUUUUGUUUACCAUGACAAAACAAAAAUUAUGGUUAGAAGCAAUGAUGAUUGACAAUCUGAGAGCGGCUGUUACUAUUUAAACACAGUUCCCAUUGCAGAGAUGAAGAUAGGACUUUUCUGCGGGGUUUCUGUCAAAUUUUCCACUUAAACUGGUAUGAGAUAGCAAAAAGAGACUGGUUUGUUAGAAAAUAGACAUAAUAUCCUUUCCAGAAGCUCCGCGGCAGAGGGUUUUGCCAGUUUCC